AUGCCUGGUAAAAAGCGCGCCUUUGAUGUUUCAGUGCGUGACGGGCCAACCUAUUGGUGGGCAUUCCAAAAGGACGAAGAGGUUUCGGAUAAUAUGGAAAUUAAAGAAUAUCCGUAUCGUCUUCACGAGCAGUGGAGACUGACAGUCUGGAUUAAGGAGUUCUGCGAAGACGAUACAGCCAAUGUAAUGGUUUGUCUUCUGAAGACUCCGCCCGAUUUGCUGGUGAAGCUAACCGUAGCAUACGGAAAUUGUGCUUCAUGCUCAAGUCAAUACGCUGUGAGAGUUCAACUAUCGCGUGGCCAGAGUUACAAAACUUUCGCAAAGGUAACGACUUUUUGUCGUGCUGGUCCAAUUGCUGUAGACGAAUGUCGCCUGUUAUCGUAA